AUGUCUGACAAGGAGAAUACAACGGUUUACGUCGUCACUGGCGGCAAUCGGGGUCUUGGAAACGGCCUGGUUCGGGCUCUCCUGAAACGUCCGGAUACAACGGUCAUUGCCACCGUUAGGAACGAGGAAUCACGUCAGAAGAUGGAAUCCGAGGCCACAAACCUUGAGAAGGGGGAAAACAGCAAACUGCACAUCGUGCCGCUCGACCUGUCUAGAGCCCCCGAGCCGCAGGACAUACGCGAAGCCUUCAAGGCCGUUCACGUCGACCACAUCGACGUCCUCAUCAACAACGCGGGCUUCGCGCACCCAAUGAUCCCCAUCGCGCAGACCACGGCCGCGGACCUGCGCGCCGCGUUCGAGAUCAACGCCAUCGCGCCGCUGAUGGUGUUCCAGGCCCUCUGGCCCCUGCUGCAGAAGGCGGCGGCUGCGCCGCCCAAGCUCAUCAUGGUGACCUCGUCCGUCGGGAGUAUCGCGGAGAUGGAGCCCGUCCCGGGCGGUGCGUACGGGCCCAGCCGGGCGGCGCACAACUGGAUCACCAAGGCCCUGCACCAGGAGAACCGCGAUGAGAAGUUGAUCGCCAUCGCGCUUCAUCCGGGCUGGGUGCAGACGCGCAUGGGCCAGUAUGCUGCGGAUCAGUGGGGCUUCGGCAAGGCGCCGCCCGUGACUGUCGAGGAGAGCGUCCGGGGGAUGCUCAAGGUGAUCGACGAGGCCGACGAGCAGGCUUCGGACGUGACGAGCUUGCCUCGGGGCGCUAAGUAG